GAAUUGUGCGGACCGUGAUUGGCCCGGCCAGUUUGCUGUGAGGUCUCAUCACAGUUCCGGCUCGGAUUCUCAGAACGUCCUCAUCAACACCGCACUCUCUGUUGCAGCCACAAUCGCCAGCAAUGGCCUCCAAACUGUUUCCCGCCAUUGCGCGCUCUACCCGCCAUGCCAUCCUACAGGUUCCCCGACCGCAAUGGAGGUCUUUUUCCGCUUGUCCACAGGUCCUAAGCGAUGUGCUAGCAGUGCACCGCAACAAACCCGAUAACAACCCUUCCAUCCCUUUCAAGUUCAACCAAGAAAACUUGAAGAUCAUCGAUGAAAUCCUCAAGCGUUACCCCCCACAAUAUAAAAAGGCUGCCGUCAUGCCUAUUCUCGACCUUGGACAGCGCCAGCACGGCUUUACGAGUAUCAGCGUCAUGAACGAAGUUGCUCGGCUAUUGGAGAUGCCGCCCAUGCGAGUCUACGAAGUCGCGACUUUCUACACUAUGUACAACAGAGACCCAGUGGGAAAGUAUUUCGUGCAGGUCUGCACAACGACGCCGUGCCAACUCGGUGGAUGCGGCAGCGACAAGAUCGUCGAUGCGAUCACCAAGCACCUCGGCAUCACCCCCGGCCACACGACAGAGGACAACCUCUUCACAUUCAUUGAAGUCGAAUGCUUGGGUGCAUGUGUUAAUGCCCCCAUGGUUCAGAUUAACGACGACUACUACGAAGAUCUGACCCCCGAAUCCAUCGUAACCCUUCUUACUGCCCUGAAAGACUCUGCUGCCGGCGGAUCAGCAACUAAGGUCCCGGCUCCAGGACCCUUGAGUCAACGUGAUACCUGUGAGAACGGUGCCGGUUUGACCAAUCUAAAGGAUGUUACAUGGAACCCCAAGACGUUCAUGAGAAAAGACGGACAGCUAUAAGCGGAGAAGAUGGGAAGAACAUGUUCAUUACUUUUUUGCCUUUUUUAAUAUCACUAAAGCUGCCUUUAUAGAGAUGGGCUAUUGACUUUGGCGGCAUGGAUUUCGUGAGAAGAUGGUUAAACGUUUCCAUAUGUCCUGUACAGUAUACACUAUCUUCUCAUUUUUGAUCAUCGAAGAUGGAAAUCAAAACAUGCAUACUACAUACAAGUGCUUGAUUUAUUAUUGUUAUUUAGUGAAUUGUUGUAUACUGGAGCGGUGCUAACUAAGGAGUACUGUUACUUCAGUCUCUAUCGCUCUUUCCCCGGGCUCAGAUAGACAUCUGGAGUCGUCUAACAUCCAACACAAUUAACGUUGAUCAUUCUGCUUCUCUCUUCUCCCUUAUUAUUAUUAUUGAUCCUUAUGGUAAUAAAUCUUAUUGAAGGAAGCCCAAAUGAGAAUUUCUUUGUUUAUUUA